AAUAUUAGAAAUAAUUCCAACUUUCAUUCUCCGCCACCACUCUCCCCCCACCCCCCCUGUGGUUUCUGCUCUCUGCAUUCUCAAACGCUCAAAGAUCACAUAAAGAAUGACUCUUUGGGUUUGUUGAGAUUCAAGAAACCUGUUCCAAAAAUGGCCGCCUCUUUUGCAGCUUCUUCUACCACUCCAACUUUACCUGAGCUAAUCUUUCUUUCUCCUCACAGCCCAGCAAAAAGACUCAAACUUUCCCUCUACAGACCUCAUAAUCUUGAGCGCAGGAGCAAUAUCAGGGUUCUUGGAACUAGAAUUAGAGCUGUUCAGAGAGAAGAAAGCAGUACUGUUCUUGAUGAAAGAGACAGAGAGUUGGUGACUAAGCUGAAUGGUAGUGUGAAUGGGAAUGGUUCAGUUGCGAAUCACACUAACGGGAGUGUGAAAGUUGAGAGUGGGAAUGGGAGUUUGGUCAAGUAUGUAAAUGGGAAUGGGAAUGCGAAUGGAAGUGUUGCCAGUAGGAGCGAAUUGGAAGUAGUAGAAGUGGAGGAGGUGAUUAGUCAAAAGAAGAGCAUAGAGGAGAUUGGACAAGAAGAGGCCUGGUUUAAGAAAAAUGGGGAAGAUCAAGUCGAGGUAUCUGUUGCCCCUGGUGGACGAUGGAGCAGAUUUAAAACAUAUUCAACAAUUCAAAGGACUUUGGAAAUAUGGGGAUUUGUUCUUAGCUUCAUAUUCAAAGCUUGGUUAAACAAUCAGAAGUUCUCAUACAGAGGUGGGAUGACGGAGGAGAAAAAAUCUCAGAGGAGAAAGGUUCUGGCCAAAUGGUUAAAGGAAAAUAUUUUGAGAUUGGGUCCUACAUUCAUCAAAAUUGGUCAGCAGUUCUCUACAAGAGUAGACAUUCUUGCACAAGAGUACGUUGAUCAAUUGUCAGAGCUUCAGGACCAAGUUCCUCCUUUUCCAUCAGAGACAGCUGUAUCAAUAGUUGAGGAAGAACUUGGAGGCCCCGUUAAUGAUAUAUUUGAAAGGUUUGACCGAGAGCCAAUUGCUGCUGCAAGUCUAGGUCAGGUCCAUCGUGCAAAGUUGAAGGGACAAGAAGUCGUUGUUAAAGUACAAAGACCUGGACUGAAGGAUCUAUUUGACAUUGACCUUAAAAAUUUGAGGGUGAUAGCUGAAUAUCUUCAGAAGGUUGAUCCAAAAUCUGAUGGUGCAAAAAGGGAUUGGGUUGCUAUCUAUGAUGAAUGUGCAAGUGUCUUGUAUCAGGAGAUUGACUACACCAAGGAGGCUGCUAAUGCUGAGCAAUUUGCAGAUAACUUCAAAGAUAUGGAUUACGUGAAAGUCCCAACUAUAUUGUGGGAAUACACAACCCCACAGGUUCUCACAAUGGAAUAUGUUCCUGGGAUCAAAAUAAACCGGAUAAAAGCUCUGGAUCAAUUAGGUGUUGAUCGAAAGAGGUUAGGCCGGUAUGCUGUAGAGUCUUACCUUGAGCAGAUUCUGUCUCAUGGAUUUUUCCAUGCUGACCCACAUCCUGGAAAUAUUGCUGUCGAUGAUGUUAAUGGUGGAAGACUGAUCUUCUAUGACUUCGGAAUGAUGGGAAGUAUAAGUCCAAACAUCAGAGAAGGCUUGCUAGAAGUGUUUUAUGGAGUUUAUGAGAAAGACGCUGAAAAGGUUCUUCAAGCAAUGGUUCAAAUGGGUGUUCUUGUACCCACGGGAGAUAUGACUGCUGUCAGACGAACAGCGCAGUUCUUUCUCAACAGCUUUGAAGAGCGCCUCGCAGCACAAAGAAGAGAGAGAGAAAUGGCAACAGCAGAACUUGGGUUCAAGAAGCCACUGACCAAGGAGGAAAAGAUCGAGAAAAAGAAACAACGUCUUGCCGCAAUUGGUGAAGAUUUAUUGGCCAUUGCCGCAGAUCAACCUUUCCGCUUUCCCGCCACUUUCACUUUCGUUGUUAGAGCUUUUUCAGUGUUGGAUGGUAUUGGGAAGGGACUUGAUCCUCGUUUUGAUAUCACCGAGAUUGCUAAACCCUACGCUCUAGAAUUGUUACGUUUUCGUGAAGCUGGUGUUGAAGUUAUCAUAAAGGACUUCAGGAAGAGAUGGGACAGACAAUCACAAGCAUUUUACAAUCUUUUUAGGCAGGCUGAUAGAGUCGAAAAGCUUGCUCAAACCAUCCAGCGAUUGGAACAAGGCGACUUGAAGCUCCGCGUACGAGCCUUGGAGUCUGAGAGGGCUUUUCAACGUGUUGCGGCUGUUCAAAACACAAUUGGGAGUGCGGUCGCUGCUGGAAGCUUAAUCAACCUGGCGACGAUUUUAUACCUCAACUCCAUCCAAAUGCCUGCUACAAUUGCGUAUUUCUUGUGUGCAUAUUUUGGCUUGAAGGUUUUGAUCGGCAUAGUGAAGGUUAAGAAAUUUGAUCAAAGGGAGAGGCUGAUCACUGGAACUGCUUAAGUUAAAUGAUUCAGAACAGAGAUAGUUAACAUACUCGAAGCUUGUUCAUAAACGCUGAUUCAACCUUUCCAACGUUCUUAAGAAAUGAAGACUUUCGUUGCUGGGAACUGCCUGCUGUGAUAUCCAUGGUAAACGUACAUCCGAGGCUUGAACAAUUGGUCGAUGGAAAUUAGUAAGAUCUUACAGUUGAAAAAACUCGGACAUUUAUAAGGUGAGCAAAAGCCAAUGUUGUUCUCCAUUCACUAUCUUAGCAAUAUUUUCCCAGGAGGCUCGAUUUUUGUGCGGUGGGCCGGUCAUUAGUUUUUCGCAGCUCUCUUUUGUAGGUACGUUGUGGUAAAAAAUUGUGUACUAGAUACCCAUAGUGGUUAAACUUGAUCUCUGGAAGGAGGACGAAGCCAAUAUAGUAUGUAUAGUGUCAUCAAAUGUUCAUGUUGUAUUACGGGAACUUCUUUGGGGAACUUGGAAAUCAAAAGAAACGUCGAUUGGAAAAUCAGUUUUCCACUCUGUUGUCA